GGAGCUGUGAGGAGGAAAGAGCCGUCCUGUGCCGGGAAGGCGGCCGGAGCUUGAGCCGGAGCUCCGAGCUGGUGGUCCCUGAGCAGCCUCCCAGCAGGGAGAAGCCCUUCAGGUGCUUGGAAUGUGGGAAGAGCUUCAGGCAGAGCUCCCACCUCCUCAGCCACCAGCUCAUCCACACUGGGGAACGGCCCUACACGUGUGGGCAAUGUGGGAAGAGCUUCAGGCACAGCUCCACCCUGAUCAAACACCAGCGCAUCCACACUGGGGAGAGGCCCUACAUGUGUGGGGAAUGUGGGAAGAGCUUUACUGGUAGAUCCAACCUGAUCAAACACCAGCGCAUCCACACUGGGGAACGGCCCUUCAAGUGUGGGGAAUGUGGGAAGAGCUUCAGGUACAGCUCCAACCUGAUCCAACACCAGCACAUCCACACUGGGGAACGGCCCUACAAGUGUUUGCAAUGUGGGAAGAGGUUUCAGACCAGUGGGAAUCUCCUCCUGCAUGAGCGGACACACACAGAGGAGAGGCCCUUCUGCUGCACCGACUGCGGGAAGGGCUUCAAACACAACUCCCACCUCAUCGCCCACCGGCACAUCCACACCAGGGAGAGGCCCUACAAGUGUGGGGAGUGUGGGAAGAGCUUCAGCCGGAGCUCCCACUUGACCAGACACCAACGGACCCACCAGUAA